GUGGAGCUUGGUUUUUAAAAGAAGCGUGUGGCUGUCAAACCUGCUCUUCUCUCCGCCGCGGGGACAGGAAGCAGACUUUGAUUUUUGGGACCAUUACCCCCCCCCCGCCCCGGACUCCGGACCUCCCCACAGUCGUAGUCGAGAGGUUCAGAGAGGAGGUGGACGAUGAAGUGGGGCUGGCCGAUAUUGGGGGUCCUCCUCUCCAUGGCGGCCCUGUCCUGGGGGAAUGGCCUGCAGGUCCCCGAGUAUGACGGCAAGGACCGCGUGCACGCCCUCAGCGCCAAGAACUACAAGUCCGUCAUGAAGAAGUAUGAUGUGAUGGUCAUCUACUACCACAAGCAUGUGGACGGAAACCGCAGUGCCAUGAAGCAGUUCCAGAUCGAGGAGCUGGCGCUGGAGCUUGCAGCCCAGGUUCUGGACGAUCUGGACGAUGAAGACAUUGGGUUUGGCCUGGUGGAUGAAAAAGAGGAUACUGCAGUGGCCAAGAAACUUGGCCUGGAUGAGGUGGAGAGCCUCUACAUCUUUGCGGACAACGAGAUCAUCGAGUAUGACGGCGAGCUGGCGGCCGACACUCUCGUGGAGUUCCUCUAUGACGUGAUCGAAGACCCUGUGGAGAUCAUCGACAACGAGCGGGAGCUGAAGGGCUUCCACAACUUGGACGAGGUCAUCAAGCUGGUGGGCUACUUCAAGAGCGAGAAAUCCCCUCAUUUCAUCGAGUUCGACGACGCUGCCGAGGAGUUCCACCCCUUCGUCAAAUUCUUUGCCACCUUUGACUCCAAGAUCGGCAAGAAACUCAAGCUGAAGAUGAAUGAAGUGGACUUCUAUGAGCCUUUCAUGGAGGAGUCCGUCACUAUUCCGGGGAAGCCCUACACAGAGGCUGAGCUGGUCGAGUACAUCGAACAGCACGACAGACCUACUCUUAGGAAGCUGGAACCUCACAGCAUGUAUGAGAUCUGGGAGGACGACAUCGACGGAGAGCACAUUGUGGCCUUCGCUGAGGAGGACGACCCAGAUGGUUUUGAGUUCCUUGAAAUCCUAAAAGAGGUGGCACGUGAGAACACGGACAACCCCAAUCUGAGCAUCAUCUGGAUCGACCCCGACAACUUCCCCCUGCUGGUUCCUUACUGGGAGAAGACCUUUCGCAUAGACCUCUCAUCCCCUCAAAUCGGCGUGGUUGACGUGGAAGACGCGGACAGCGUGUGGAUGGAAAUGGACGAUGAAGAUGAUAUGCCCACGGCGGACGAGUUGGAGCAGUGGGUUGAGGAUGUCCUUUCGGGAAAGAUCGACCCUGAUGAUGACGACGAGGAGGACGAUGAUGAUGACGACGAUGAUGACGACGACGAUGAUGACGACGACGAUGAUGAUGACGACGAUGAUGACGACGAUGAUGACGAUGACGACGAUGAUGACGACGACGAUGACGAUGAUGAUGAUGAUGACGAUGACGAUGACGAUGACGACGAAUAAAAACCUGGCCGCUAUCCUCCAGUCCAGUGCGCCAGAUAGUUGUAACAUAUUUGAUAUCACGUCCUGUGCAGGAUACAAAUGCAGCGUCCCCGUAUGGAAAAGCCGCUAAACUAAGUUGUUUCAUCACUGAAUUUAAAACACACUCCUGUUUGCCUGAUAAGCUAAACUGACGUUUUUAUACCUCGUGUCACAUGACCACAGUUCCUCCUGCAGGCUUUGACCGUUUUCUACCCGAGAAGAGAAAAAAAAUUGUAAUUGUCCAAAAGGUAAUACUAAUAAAACUGGAGCAUCUUCAGAUGAUCCUGUUGUU